UUUUACCGUUCAUAGGAUUCUCUUCGCCUGUACUUUCAGCUCUCGUCGGCUAAUGGUAAUCUCGCGAGAUUGUCAGGGUAUAUUUGUGGACGUUGUAAUUGAAGGUUCCAAGAAACAGCAUUUGCUCUGUAACAAGAUGGAAAAUCCAUUACAAGACCCUGCAACCACUGCGUUUGUCCUUUAUUCCAAAGAGCACAAAGACACUAUAUUGAAUAAAUUUGAGGAGCACCGGAAGAAGGAUUUCUUGUGUGACAUCACCCUGAUAGUAGAAGAUGUUCAUUUCAAGGCCCACAAAGUAUUACUGGCUGCCAGCAGUGAGUAUUUCUCGGUGAUGUUCGCCAGUGAAGGCCAGGUGGGUCAGUCCUUCUACAUGUUGGAAGGGAUGGCAGCAGAAACAUUCAGAGCGGUGCUGGACUUUGUCUACACCGGCCAGGUCUCUGUCAUACAGGGGACCACAGAGCAGAUUCUGGCGAUGGCCCAGAUCUUAAAGAUCAGCGACCUGGUGAAAGCCUACACAGAGUACCAAAACGAUAGCACUGUCAAAAACAUGGAAACCACAACAGCACAGACCAGCAGCAAGAAUAACACCGAGCAGGAUGUGAAGCCCAAACGCAAAAGAGGGAGGCCAAGGAAAAACGACAGGCCUGCUGGUGGGGAAGAGGCAACAGAAACUGCAGCUACCAAGUCAGAUGAGGCACUGGAAAAGGAAACCACAGCACAAGUCACAUUAGCAAACGGGGACACUGGGUCAUCCACCCAGGAGAUUUCAAAUGAAACACUUCAAACUGAGGAGCUAGCUGAUUCAGAGACUCACCCAGGCCUCCCUGAGGAUAAAGACGAGGAUUACGACCCGAAAAAGGAGGGCAGGCUGGUAUAUCGCAGUCGCUAUAGUAACCGAAAGAUAAAAACGUCAGUCAAGCUGAAGGGUUUCCGGCUGGAGGAGAACCAGUCAGAGAGGUGGGAGCUUGGGAAGCGGGGGAGGAAGAGGAAAUAUCCGGACACAGAACCGCGCUGUGAAGACUGUGGAAAGAUCUUCAAGAAUCAUCUCUUUUUAACCAUCCAUCAAAGAACCCACACUGGAGAACGUCCAUACAAGUGCGUUGAAUGUGGGAAAGGUUUCUCUCAGAAGCACACCUUGGUGGUGCACCAGCGAAUGCAUACAGGAGAGAGGCCCUACAUCUGUACUGUGUGCUGCAAGGCUCUUUCUACAAAGCACUCGCUGGUGGAGCACAUGAGCCUGCACACAGAGCAGAAGUCUUUCAGUUGUGACCAGUGUGGGAAGAGUUUCAGCCAGAAGAGACAACUGAAGAGCCAUUAUCGAGUGCACACAGGUAAGCCUUUACCAGAGUGUGCACAUUGUAACCGUAGGUUUAUGGAUGCUGCUCAGCUGAAGAAACAUCUAAGAACACAUACAGGUGAGAAACCAUUUACAUGUGAAAUUUGUGGCAAGUGUUUUACAGCAAAGAGCACCCUGCAAACUCAUAUCCGAAUCCACAGAGGAGAGAAACCAUAUGUGUGCAGUGUCUGCAGCAAGUCAUUCUCAGACCCAAGUGCCAAGAGGAGACAUGCAGCCUCCCACUCAGGAAAGAAGCCUUUCUCCUGCUCCCUCUGUAAUGUAACCUUUGCACGUCUGGACAACCUGAAGGCUCACACAAAGACCCACAACAAGGAGAGACCCACCGAGUUGGCAGAGAGCAGUGCCGGGGUCGAGGAGGUACGGAGCAUUCUCCAGCUGCAGGAGUACCAGCUGCCAACCUCCGGGGAGCAGGAAAUCCAGCUGGUGGUCACCAAUGAGGUGGACAGUAUGAACUUCUUGCCUGGUCAAGGCCAGGGAAUAAGUAUCAUCACUGCUGAUGGAUCCCAAAACAUGACUCCAGAGCAGGCUUCUGGACUGACCCUUCUGACUCAGCCGUCACAGCAUGUGCAGAACCUGGCCCUGGUCACGCAGGGAGAGCAGGCAGAACAGAUACAGACCAUCAGCGUCAUGGAGGGUCAAGUAGGCGCAGGCCAGCCAGAGCAGAUGCACGUCAUUACUCUGACAAAGGAAACCAUGGAGCACCUCCAGGUCCACCAUGGGCCGCCCCAGCACCUGCAGAUCAUGCAGAGACCUUCACAGCCUGUCCAUGCCAUGCAGGACUCAACCCAGCAGAUCCAUAUUAGCCAAGAGCCUCCUGCUCAGCAGCUGCAGAUGAACAGAGAGCAGCAGGGACAGGCAAUACACAUCAGCGGACAGACAGCCCAGCCGAUCUCCAUCAGCCAGACAACCCAACAGAUUCCCAAACAUCAGAUACAAGGGCAGACUUUUCAGAUCCAGGCAGGGACUGUUUCUUACCUCUACACCACAAAUUUGACAACACAGGACUGACCUGAAUCAAGUGCAUUUCUAAAUAAAAAACAGUUUGUUGAACAAUUAUACAAUAUACCAUGCAUAGAGGGUGAUUCAUAAAUAAUGGACCAUAUGACAUAAAAAAAAGCACCUACCCCAAUUAACCAGGCUUAUUAAUUUGCAUGAAACUUUGCUUACUUGAAUACUUAAACACUAAGUCCACAUGUUCAUCACUCAACACUGUAUGUGUUCCUGUCCGCCAUGACUGUCUACUUAGAAACCUGAAACAAAAUACUGUUGUAUUUCUGAAAGGAGAAUCCGCCCAUUAAUGAAAUGCGUAAUGAUUAAACCCGAUAUAUAUAUAUAUA